AUAAGUUUGUGUUUGUAACAGGCCACUCCUUUUGCUCGCAAAUUUCUACACAAUGCGCGAUGUGCUUGACAUUUUUUAAAAAUAUUUUCAUAUGUAAGCGCAUAUGAUUGUGGUGAUGCUAAUCGCGUGGACCAUCCAGUGAUAUAUGCGGGAUUCGAUCGACUCGAUUCUGGGAAAUCGCGAUCCUAAGUAAAAAUGUCGAUCUGGAUUCUCUUAUUAUUGUUGGCUUCUGGAAAUGGCCAGUUCACCCAAGAAUCAGUGAAUCAGGAAUUUACUUCAAGGCCACCUUCACGAAAUCGUUACGAUGAGUGGGAUCAGAAUACAGGCUUUGGAUUUCGAAAUCCUUUAGGUCAAAAUGAGAAUGUUAUAAUUAAAGAAGCCACAUAUUUUGUUGUUGCGUCUCGCAUGGUUAGACCAGAUCAAGUGUACAGAAUUGCUGUAAACAUUCUUCACAGUCCUUUACCUAUGAUAGUGCGUUCAUCUAUUCAACGCAAUGGUGUAGAAAUUGCAGCAGAUUAUCAGGAAGUAAAGGAGGGCAUACCAGAAACUCUAAUGAUGCGCAUGCCACCUACUUCUGUAGGCGGUGAUUAUAAACUACGCGUUGAAGGGAUGUAUAACAGUCUGAAAGGUGGUCAGGCCUUUUUGAAUGAAACUAAAUUAAUAUUUUCACAACGUUCUAUGACUAUAUUCAUACAAUUGGAUAAGCCUGUGUAUAUGCAAGGGGAUACUGUGCGAUUCAGAACAAUUCCAAUAGACACGGAAUUAAAAGCAUAUAACAAUCCCGUAGACGUAUUUAUGUUAGAUCCAAACAGAAGAAUUAUGAGAAGGUGGCUUAGCAGGCAGAGCAAUCUAGGUACAGUGUCACUGUCUUACCAAUUGUCCGAUCAACCUGUUUUUGGAGAAUGGAUUGUGCAAAUAAUUGCGCAGAAUCAAGUAGAAGAGAAAACAUUUUUAGUGGAGGAGUAUUAUCAAACACGUUUCGAGGUGAAUGUUACGAUGCCUGCGUUCUUUUUCGACAAUGAUCCUUAUAUUUAUGGCAUUGUUCAGGCGAAUUAUACCUCGGGUGCGCCGGUGAGAGGUAAUCUAACCCUGAAAGCCAGUUUCAAGCCUUUGGACAGAACACGCAAUCGUAUGGAAAUUGACCCAGUAGAAAGAUAUUUUAAUUUUAACGAAUAUUAUCCAGCAUGGUUCAGACCAUUAAACUUGUAUGAGGAGACAAUUCCAGUAUUGAGGUUUUUUAAAGGAACAUACUAUUUCCAAUAUCCCAUGGCGGAAUUAUUAAGUUUUGUUCAAUCUAUCGACGGAAUGGAGGUCACUGUAAUUGCAACAGUAGGAGAGAGAUUCUUGGAUGAAGUGGUCGUCGGCUAUUCUACGGCAAGGAUUUUUAAUUCUACUACAAAAAUCCGUUUCCUCGGCGGAAGUCCACAAAUCUUUAAACCCGCGAUGCCGUUUUCGUUAAAUCUGGUUGCAUCCUUUCAUGAUAAUUCGCCGCUGCGACUUACGCAGCUCACCGGUGCUAAGAUGGAGAUUCGCGCGGACAUUGAGAUGCGAAGCGGACGUCGUAGUAUUGAUACUCAGUAUCCAUUAGCAUCAGCGGAACAUGCGGAUGUGUGGUCCAUAAAAAUGGAUCUCAGAAAACAACUUGGACUUGAGCAAAACAGCGAUGCUAAUCAGAUUCUGAAUGAUAUUACUUCUAUGAGGAUUUACGCACAAGUUACUGACGGUGAAAAUUACAGAGCGCAGACCGAAUUGCUAUUGCUCGCUCAUGAGUCUCCGAAUAUGAAGCAUAUCAAGAUAUCAACCUCUACCGAGAAGCCUAAAGUUGGCGAAUACAUGGUAUUUCAUGUACAAACCAAUUUCUAUAUCGAUGCCUUUAAUUACAUAAUUAUGGCCAAAGGUACAAUACUUUUAACUGGAGAAGACAAUAUGCAACAUAACAUAAAGACCUUUGCGAUACCUUUAAGUCCUGAAAUGGCUCCUGUUGCAACCGCAGUAGUAUAUUACGUGGGUCGUUAUGGCGAAGUUGUGGCAGAUUCGUUAACGUUUCCGGUGAAUGGCAUCUCACGCAACAACUUCACCGUAUUUAUCAACAACAAGAAAGCAAGAACGGGCGAGCGCGUCGAAGUGGCUAUCUAUGGCGAGCCUGGCGCCUAUGUUGGAUUGUCAGGUAUUGAUCGUUCAUUCUACACUAUGCAAGCGGGCAAUGAAUUAACGUAUGCAAACGUGAUCACGAAAAUGGCACACUUCGACGAAGAUACCAAUGGCACUCAUUUGCACACCUGGCAGUACCACGACGGUGAUCCGGAUGAGAUUGUGUACUUCCCAUCCUCCACUUUCGGAAUCGAUGUCAAUCGGACGUUUGAUUAUAUCGGCUUGAUUGUCUUCACGGAUGCUAUAAUACAUCGACGACCGGAACUCUGUAAUCAAACUCAAGGAUAUGGCGAGUGCCUAUCCGGUCGGUGUUAUAGGUUGGAGAAGAAAUGUGAUGGUGUAUUCGAUUGCGAGGAUGGCACGGACGAGGCGCGAUGCGUUGAACGAAACACAACUGAGUUGGCGGAAUUCCGCAAAUGGCGUUUUAAUCGCAUUCAGAGACAUUACGAAAAUGUCUGGUUGUGGAAGGACAUUAAUAUAGGUCCACAUGGCCGGCAGAUCUUCAAUCUGGACGUGCCGCGAAGACCGGUUCAUUGGAUGAUCACAGCAUUCAGUAUGUCACCCAGCAUGGGUUUUGGCAUGUUGCCAAGAGCGCUGGAAUAUACCGGAGUUCUGCCGUUUUACAUAAAUGUGGAGAUGCCAACUCGCAGCAGGCAAGGCGAACAAAUCGGUAUUCGUGUGUCUGUCUUCAAUUACAUGCGUUACAAUAUUGAGGCGACAGUGGUACUGGCAGAUUCCAGGGACUACAAAUUUGUCCAUGUCGAGGACAAUGGCAUUGUACAAUCAUACAAACCACGCACUUCCUUCGGCGAACAUCAGUUUUUUAUCUGGAUUCCUGCACAAGAUGCUAACAUCGUUUAUCUGCCCAUUGUACCGGUGAGACUCGGCGAUAUCAAAAUUCAAAUCUACGCUAACACUUUGAUUGGCAGGGACUCAGUGACUCGCAACUUGUAUGUUGAGGCUGAUGGAGUGCCGCAGCAUCGCCAUCAAUCGAUAUUACUAGAUCUUAGCAAUCGAGCCUAUGUAUUCCAAUAUAUGCAUGUAAACAUCACCGAGACACCGAUCAUACCAUAUGAUGAGAACCGUUAUUAUGUGUUCGGAUCUAACAAGGCGACCAUCAGUUUGGUCGGUGACGUGGUGGGGCCAAUCUUUCCUACAAUGCCGGUAAAUGCGACGAGCCUCAUGAAUCUGCCAAUGGAUUGCGCCGAACAAAACAUGUUUAGCUUCGCUGCCAAUAUGUAUACCACACUAUAUAUGCGUUUGAUUAAUCAGCGUAAUCGCACGCAAGAAAAAGAGAGCUUCUACUAUAUGAAUAUUGGCUAUCAGCGACAAUUGUCAUUUAUGAAUCCUGAUGGAUCUUUCAGCUUUUUUCGCAGUGAUUGGAACCAAUCGAUGUCAAGCGUCUGGUUGACAGCGUUCUGCGCACGGGUAUUCCAGGAGGCCAGUUUUUACGAAUGGGAAAAUUAUUUAUACAUUGAUCCCGAGGUGAUAUCUCAGGCAGUUUCUUGGAUUCUAAAACAUCAAACGCCAGAAGGUGCUUUCUAUGAGAUAACCUGGCUGCCGGAUCGAAAGAAAAACAGUUCCUUGAAUUAUAGAGACGACAUAAUUGCCCAUCGGAACAUUAGUCUUACUGCUCAUGUUCUUAUCACGCUGGAAAGCGUUAAAGAUCUCACUGGCGGCCUAGGUUCUCAAGUGGCUCUCAGCGCGGCCAAUGCUAUCAAAUGGCUGGAGAGAAAUCUGAAGUUGCUGGAAGAACGCGGCAAGCCAUACGAAAUAGCGAUAGUAGCUUAUGCACUUUUGGUGGCGAAAGCCUCGACCGCCGAGCAAGCUUUCAAUAUUUUGGCGAGACACGCACGGAGAGAAGGUGGGCUGACGUACUGGGGUAGAGAACAAGUGCCACUUCCUCCGUACAAGUUAGAGAAUCAGAAACCUUUUCUGCUACCGCGCUUACCUUACAAAUAUGACUCUGAAAACAUAGAGACAACCGCAUACGCGCUACUCGUGCAUGUCGCUCGACAAGAAAUCAUGGUAGAGCCGAUUGUUAAGUGGUUAAACUCACAAAGAUUGACGGAUGGUGGAUGGGCCUCUACUCAAGAUACCGUUUGGGCGAUGAAGGCGCUAAUGGAAUAUACUGUAAGAUCGAGAAUCAGGGAUGUCAGUUCGCUUAUGGUAACAGUGGAGGCUACUUCUUUGCCGGGACAGACUAAGACGUUGACCGUAAACGACAAGAAUCUGGCAAGACUUCAAACCAUCGAAAUACCGGAAGCAUGGGGAACUGUGAAAGUGCAGGCAAAGGGUGCAGGUUAUGCCAUUUUACAAAUGCACGUGCAGUAUAACGUAGAUAUAAAAAGAUUCCAAACGCAGCCGCCGAUUAAAUCCUUCGAUCUAAUCACCAGAGCGAACUUCCACGGCAGAAAUCAGUCUCACAUCUCAUAUCUUAGUUGUCAAAGAUGGACAAAUCUCAAUGAAUCCACGCGUUCUGGUAUGGCUGUGUUGGAUGUAGCUAUACCAACCGGUUACAUAAUCCAGCAACAAACUCUGGAUAAAUAUAUCUUAUCAAAACAAGUGAGAAAUCUCCAGAGAGCACGUUUCCAAGACAAGAAAGUGCUUUUUUACUUCGAUUAUCUGGACUACGAAGAGACAUGCGUAAACUUCACAGUGGAACGCUGGUAUCCUGUUGCAAAUAUGUCGCGAUAUCUUCCCAUUCGUAUUUACGAUUAUUAUUCGCCAGAACGUUUCAACGAAUCUAUAUUCGAUGCACUGCCAACGUAUACUUUAAAUAUAUGCGAGGUUUGUGGCAGCUCACAGUGUCCUUACUGCCCAAUUUACAAUGUCGCUACAUUUUUAGUCACACCAACAGGAUUCCUGCUUAUCACGUCGCUUGUUGUCACGAUAACAAGGUAUUUCCAAACACAACAAUUCAGUGACGACUAUCAAUAACACAAAGGUAAAAAUAUUCGAUCCUUGUCAAUUUUUAUUGCCAUGGUUUGCCUCUGCUAACAAAACAUAAAUAUGGAACGGUACGAUAAUCGAAACAUAUAAUUUUGUAAAAAUGAUAAGAAUAUGUGAAUUAAAUAGAAGACAAAUUAUUUCCGCGAAAACCCUCAAUAAUUUUAAUGCAAUUAAUUAUUCCGCAAACAGCCAUCAUUAAUAUGAUUAUGCUAUGAGUUUUAAUUCCUCUUGUCAAUGAAAGCAAUUAUUUAUUUUUGGUAAUUUUGGCUGUUUUUGUAUGUGACAUCUAUGUUAAUGUCGAAGAUCUCUCUUCUCUUUAUGCUAUAUAAUUUAUGUAAGAGAUAUAUUCAACUAAAAUUUUGUUAUCUCUUUUUAUGUGCUUUUAUAUUUGUAUAGAUUAACAUUCUCUAAAAGCAUAUUAUCAAUUGUGAAAUUAGAACAAAUAAUCAUUAAUAAUCUUUUAUUAUUUAUCCGAAGAGAUUUUGCAAUAGAAAACAUAAUAGUAAUUAUUCUAUAAAAAAAAGUACACAAACAAAACUCUUAUAUAUUAACAUCAUGAUUAAGAUUGUAUUGUCGAAAGCAAUCAUUUCGGAGAAUAUUGAUUGAAAGUAAUUUUGGGCGUUUUUUACAAUGUCCAAACAAUUUUGUUGUAUAUUGUUCAAAGAUUAUUAUUAAUUUUAUAAAUAUUAUUAUAAUAUCCGUCCUGUUUUUUUAGAAUGCAUAAAGUUGUUUUCUACAUUGUUAAGGCAUUGUACUCUUGGAGGCAAAGCAUCUCAAGUACAAAUCAAGCGUAAUAGUUGUAGCCAGCGAUUUUCGUUAGCUAUGCUAUUAACUAUUAUUACCAAAAUAAUAACGACAAAAGUGUUCGUAGUAAUUAAAAGAGUAUAUCAAAGAGGAUAUAUUAUAUACUAGUUUUGGAUUUUUAAUAAGCUAUGUAAAACGCUUUUUUCCAAAUUUUUUUUUCUUCAAGUUUUUAUCUUCAUUGGAUAUUUCCUUGUUUUAUUUAUAUUAUUUACAGAAUUAUAUAUUAUUUGUAGAUCGUGCCUUCGUAGUGCUCGUUAAAAUUCUUGAUUUAAAAAAAACUGCUUCCUGUUUUAUACAUUACUUCAAUUUUUGAAUAUAUAGAAAAAAAAAUCAUUCAAAGAGGCAAUACAAGACUUGAUGUGAUUCGGCAAAAUGUGUAAAUAGUAGGCUAGGAGACAUGAAUAUUCCAAAACUCGAUUCAAAAUCGAGUAAAUUAUAAUGAUACCGUCCUGUUUAUAUAUAAAUAUGUAUUUGUGAAUUUUAUACCGUCCUAAUAAGAGAUUUUAUACCGUUCUGAUAAUUAGUGCCUCGAGAAAAUACAUUUAUGUGUACAGAUAUGUAUCUGUUUAAAAAAAAAGACGUUAAAGAUCUAUUUUAAUAACAUAGCACGUUAUAUAGAUAUAUAUAUAUAUAUAUGACUUAUAAAAUACAUAGAAGUUUAAGUUGUAGUUAAUAAAAUAGUUACGGACUACUGAUGCUUUAAGGAUCUGCCUUAAAUUUCAAACAUGGAUUAUCUCAAUUCAUAAACGGCAGAUCUUUGCAACAAUUAUUUAUUACACGCGACGCAAUACGGAUUAUAAAUAUAUAACGGAUCCUUAAAAUGCAUCCGUAUGUGCGUAACGCCUCGAGAUACCGUCCAAGAAAAAAAAGUCUGCUUCAUAAUACAGAUAAAAUAUAUACUUUAAUAACACAAAUCAUCGCAAAAUAAUCUUUGUAUGAUUCAUCACGAUUUUUUUUAUAUUAGCAAAAUCAACACAUUUAAUACGUAUGGAAUACAUAUUUUUAAGUUUUAUAAUCUUUAUACAAAUAUAUAAAGAAUAAAAAAUAUUAUUUCAUAUAUACUGCUUAUACCUCACAUAUACCUUGCUCAAUUUCGAAAAGUUUUAUUCUCUUCUAGAAAGAGAUGAGACAUUACUGUAGAAUACAGAAAAGAGAAAGAGGAAGAAGCAGAUGCAAUCAAAUUUCGCCCUGUGUUUUCGAAGCAAUCUUUAAUAUAGCAACAUAGUCAGUCUUACAAUAAUAAGCCAAAAAUACAAUCUAUAUCAAGCUUGACGGAGAGCGGGCGAAGAUUUUUUUUCCUUUUCCCAUGAGCUUCUUCGGGCGUAGUUAAAUCGCAAUCAAGAAUCUCGGCAGUGGGAAAAAGCGCUUGUUGCUUUCACCCGGAUCCCUCGACAAAUUUUACAAUUUUACACAAUUAUAAUGUAUCACGUUCGCAAAAUUGUAGGUCCUGCUUUCUAACGAUGCGGAUUCGCAUAACUAAUAAGAGACGUACGCCUGCUCAAUAUCUUCUCAUUCUCGCUCUAUCAUGCCAACGGAAUGGUUAUAGCUUUUGAGACGAACCUUUCGUAAAAAUAUACUUUCAACGGCAAAAAAUUGUCCCCAAGUUUCAGAAACAAAUUCCCCGGCCGCGUACCCCUUUUUCGUAACGAUGUAAACAAUUUUCAUUUUAUCAUUAUUGACAAUCGUUUAUAAUGUAUGCACAAUUUGUUUCAAGGAUUUGUUCUGGAACAAGUAUAUAGAAUUAUUACUGCUAAAUGACUCUUGCGUGCUGGCAUGAAAUCAUAUACAUACAUUUCGGUCAUUAGCUAUCGAAUAUGUUUUAGUAUGCCAGUUUGCGUAGAUUGUCUCGCAGCUUAAAAUGUUUAAAUUCAGUCGACUCUUAAAAUUUAAAAGCGGCUUAGUUAAACGAUGUAGCCGUGAACAUGUAACGCGCAUUCAAGAAUAUGGCGCAUUAGAUAUGCAUUUUUUUUAAAUGCUUAAAAAUUAUGUAUGUAUUAUAUAUUUAUAUAUGUUUAGCAAUUACAGAGAGAUAGAAGCAUUCCGACAUAAUAUCGUAAUAUCCGCGCAAUUUUUGUGCACAUUUAAAUAUUCUAAAAUUAGAAUAACAUUUCGCAGUUGUAAAAUAUAUUUUGAUUGCGAUAUUAACACGAUGUAACGCGAAAUUUCAUCAUUUUUGUAUAAGUUGAGUUAUGUAAAUUUUUCUGAAGUGCGACGGCCUCUCUUAAAUAUAUUAAUCAAAAAUCAAUCUAAAUUCUCAUGCUCGGCAGUAAUUACUCACGCAAGGCAUUGACAAAGGAAAAGAAACUAAGAAUACAUAAAAAUACACUGCUAAUUAUAUAAAAAGUGUUUUAUAAAGCAUGACGUCAUUAACAACAUGUAAAUAAGAUAAUGUAUAAUAUCUGCAAAACUGCAAUUUCGGCAUACGAGAUUUGAUAGCUGGAUUAAAAUUAUCCGCUAUAAUAAAAAAGUAGCCAGUCAUUAAUCGACUUUCGCGUACGCUCUUUAGAUUUAAAGCUCUUGCAUCUAAUCUCACAUAUAACACUCGCAUAUCCCAGACUUAUUAUUCCGACAUUCGUGCUUCGGACCUAAAUAAAAAAAUUAGGACAGGAGAAAACGAUCGAUACAAAUAUAUAUAGAUAUAUUAUAAUAUAAUAGAGUUAUUUGAUGAAACAUUUAAAGCCUUACAAUAAAAUAUACAGUAUGAUGUAUGUCAUCGUAUUUCGUGUGUGGACGUGUGUCGUGUUUUCAUGUCGGAUUAAGUGUAUCUCUUACGUGUUUAAAAGAUGUCUCAAAAUAUGCAGCCACAUUUAUCAUGUUUUUUGCAUUUUUUACACUUUUUUUGUCUUUUUCUUUUCAGAUCGAUACGUUUUCUUGAUGAGUAAGAUAUUUAUUAUGUAUUUUUGGACCGAGAGAUUCGAUACGGCAGUAAUUCUUGGCUCUUUCAUGCGCUUCUCUGACAAUUUGAGAUUCGCGCGCGGGAUAUCAACGCAUAUCUUUCCUCUCGUCCACGCGUCUUUUUCUUCUCGCAUAAUGAUUUGUAUAAUAUAGAUAUCGGUAUACAGAG